CGAAAUUGUCGAAAUUCGAGAACCCUGCAUUUUAUUACACACAUUGGUGAAGAGAAGAGUGUCGGUCGACAUUAAAUGGUGGGCGGCGGUUUAAAAUGAACACUUUGCAUCUUCCCAGCACGGUCCAGCACCAUGAUGAAGAAGCCGAGCAGCGCCAAGAGCCAAGCGCGCCCGAAGCACGUGGAGCGCCAAGGUCACCUCUCGGCGACGCGCCGCGACGCGACCCCGAAGCGCACGCCGCUGCAGCUAGCGCCCUCGGCGCGCGCGGGGAACGCCACUUAUUUAUUGGCCAAGGGCCCCGAUGGCACGCGUGGCUUCUACAGCCGCAGCCAAAAGCUCAGUAUCCACGCCCACGAGUUUGUGCCCAACUCGCGCUAACCGUCCAUCCACCUCGCUCACGGCGUGUGCCCAUCGCUCUCUCAACUUAUUGUCAUAAACAUCAACAUGGAUCGGCCCUUUAUGGCCACACGAUGCAUUCACGAGAGA